AGUGGCUGAAAAUGCAUCUUCUCUAAUCUCUUGGAAUGGUAAUUUUAUUGACAGUAGACUUAUAAAAUUCCAUAUUUGAAAUACAAAAGUGUCAUAAACCAGUCCUUAAUUGCAUGGUUGGGUAAACUAUUAUCCCUAUCUGUCAUAAGCUAGGAAGUUCUGGCCUUAAUUGUUAAGAUAAUAGAACUUAUAGAACUUAAUAUUAGAAGCUGAUAAGAUUGCGCGAAUUAACUAUUUACAGAUUGGGAUUAGAUAUGCAUGGUUAUUCUGUUUGCUGCAUGUAACAGUGAGAGUUCGAUGUAAAAGGUCUGCAUGUUUAGACUUUUAGAAGAUUUAGUGGAUUUCAUUGAUUUUCCACUAAAGUUGUCUAUUCGUCUGAAUUGUUAAAGUUUGAAUGAAUAUAGGCUCAAACUUAUCAUUUUGCACCGACCCUUCAGCUGAGAGAGGAAAAGAAAAGGUGGGAAGUUCUGCUGGGCAGCAGAACACAGGAAAUUGAAGAAGCUAUAGGAGUUCUUCCAUAUCAGGUUUUGUGUACGGUAAAGGCAAGAGUUUGUUACUUGUUAAAUCUGUGACGAAGGAUAGAUUAAUUUAAUGACUAAAAAUCUGUACAACAGCUAGGCAUUUACCUGGUUGCAGUAUGCAAAUGUGUUAGCUGAAUGUUCGUGAGUAUGCAUCAUGAUUUAAGGGUAUAAGGAUCAACUUACCUGCAAAUAAGUUAAGUAACUGAGU